GCAGUUUACCCUCCCUCUCCAUGGCGACAGCCCUCCGCUCUGCGCACGUCCCGUCAUUUAAAUAAAAUGGGCAAAACGCUGUUUCUGCCCAAUCUGCGAUCCAGAGUGACGUCACGGAACAGGCGAGGACACAAAACUAGUUGGCAUCGCGCGCGGCAGGGCAUACGAACCAAGACAGAGACGUGAACGGUGGUGGAUAUAAAACAUAAAAAACCAAAUCGCCGAGGGCUGACAUUUUAGGAGAGAAGAACCGAGAACACUAACCACUUUCGGUUUCUUUUUUAGGUAAUGGUCGCCACCAAAUUUUGAGAGUGUGCUGCGCAUAAACAAAUCGGGAUUUUCCAUUGGGAUUCUCCGUGUUUAACAUGAUGAAGAAGGAUAUUAACUUGAGCCUGGCGGAUGACGCCAACCUCAAGCCACAUCUGCGCGAGGCGGAGAGUAUCUUGAAUUCCCCGGACCUGGGGCUUCUCAAACUAGCCUCCCCGGAGCUGGAGAGGCUCAUCAUCCAGUCCAACGGGAUGGUCACGACCUCGCCGACCACCCAGUUCCUUUACCCGAAGACGGUCACCGACGAGCAGGAGUUCGCCGAGGGAUUCGUCAAGGCACUGGAAGACUUGCAUAAGCAGAACCAGCUAAAUGGGGGGGCGUGCGUCCAGAACAACAUGGAUAUGGGCACCAAUAUUGCCCCGGUGAAUGUCCAGCCGGACCUACCGGUUUACACGAACUUGAACAGUUACGGCAGCGGGCCAUUGGGGACCACCGUCAACUACACCACGGACACCGUCACCUUUCCACCACCUCCGUCGCAUCAUCACAUGGGGGGGACCCCGCCACAUCCGCCGCUGUCAAGGGUCCAGGCACAGAAGGACGAGCCCCAAACGGUUCCCGACGUCCAGAACUUCGGCGACAGUCCCCCCCUUUCGCCCAUCAACAUGGACUCCCAGGAGCGUAUCAAAGCCGAGCGGAAGAGGCUGCGCAACCGGAUUGCCGCUUCCAAGUGUCGGAAGCGCAAACUCGAGCGAAUCUCUCGGCUAGAGGACAAAGUGAAGUCUCUGAAAAGUCACAACUGCGACCUCGCGUCCACGGCCAGUGUGCUGCGGGAGCAGGUGUCCCAGCUCAAACAGAAGGUGCUCUGCCAUGUCACCAGCGGUUGCCAGCUGCUGCCGCAUCAGGUGCAGGUCCACUAGCCGCCUGCGGGUCCAUCUUGCGGCGCGACCAGCAUAUAAGCUUUUCUUCUAGACUUUUCAGCUUGAAUGACAUAUAGGUCUACAUAUAGGGCCGAAGUGUUUUUGUACAUUUGCCAGGACUGAGGUCUACGACUACACAGACCACCCAAACCUGGACAAAAUCGCAAAUGACAUGUGUUUAAUGUCCCCGUUUGUUUAAUUUAUGUGUAUUUAUAUGUGCCCAUUUAUGGCAUGAGGUAUUCACAUAUUUGCCAUGUUUUUUCUGUAGUCCUGUGUGAUGCAAAAUGUGUAUGUUGUUGACAAACCUUAAUGUUGUCAUUGGGCGCAGGGUAUCAGUGUUAGUUUUUUUGCACUUAUAGGCUGUCUGUUACAAAAAAGUGUUUAGUUGUUUUGAAUGUGAAACAUUGUCAUUUUUCUAUGAACUUUUCUUUCAAUUAUAUUAAUACAUCGCGUUUUGUUCUAAUAAUAAAGUUGCUUGGUAAAAACAACAACUAGGUCCCUUGCCAGACACAUUUUUACUUA